AUGGAGGGCCAAGUCCGACCCUUGGAUGACGUCAUACAGAAACCGGCUGCGUCGCUGAAUAUCUGGGCGAUUGGGCAGGGCUUUGAGGGCACUGCAUCCGACUGGACGGAGUACGUGGUGUGGCUGGUUGGCUUCUUUGCACUGAUCUGGUUCAUUUGGCAGAGAAACGUGAUGGCUCUGCCAGACAUUCCAGCAUCGGAACUUGGUGGAAAGGCCACCUUCCUCCCUUGUGUUCAACCAGGAGGUAUGCCGUGGGCCGGGCAAGGCAACUUCAAUGCCUUCCCGCAAGCCAUGAUGGGCAUCCAGCAGCCUAAGAUGUCUGGGAAUGGCCGAGGUGUGCCCGAUGGAGGAUGCGGGAUGUCCUUCCAAGCUGCAAUGCCUGGAGUUCAGGGCAUGCCGGGCCUUGCCACAGGAAUGCCCUCGGAGCUGCAGCAGCAGAUGGUGAUGAUGCAACAACUGCAACAUCAGCAGCAGUUGUUGCAGCAGCAGCUGCAGCAACAGCAGCAACAGCAGCAGCAACAGCAGGCCCCGGCACCGAUGCCUGGUGCAGACAAAGACCAGCAGGCCUUCACUUUGGUGGUUGACUCUCUGAGUUCUGCAGAGAAGGGGUAUUACACCACUCUCUGGGGCAUUGCCUGUCCAAACGGUGAGACGCUUGCUGGAAAGGCUGCUUUUGACUUUCUUUCCAAGUCGCAGCUGCCUCGCGAGAUCCUGAAGCGAAUCUGGGACAUCUCCGACCGACAGAAGCGUGGUCUCGGAUGGGAGGAGUUCGUGGUGACCAUGAAGCUGAUCUCG